CCCCCCUUCCCCGCGCCGCCGCCUUCCUCCAUAUUGAGCGCCGCCGUCAUUCCACGGUCAGAUUUUUGGGAGGCAUCCACCCCGGUCUCGACCACCAGCCAGCACACCUACCCAGCCAGCCAGCCUGACGUAGCACUGUCAAAAAUCACACCACCGCCCUCUUCCACUGCAGCACUCUGCACCACACACCACUCACUCACACCGCUGUACCCCGCGACAACGACGAAGACGGCACCCCGCCCAUCGCACCGCACUCGCCCCGGCCCCAACCCGACUGUCCCGAUAGCGACCAGCCAAAAGUCCAAAAUCGCCCCUGUCUACGCGACCCACCCACCAACCCCGAACAUCCUCGACGCGGUACACCCGACGACGACGCUACUCAACUACCCCUGUAACUCGAGAAAACGAACGUGCAUAGCCACAUCACCGCAAUGUCGCCCGCUGCCGCGUACCCCGCCAUCAAGCUCUUUGCCGGCUCGUCCCACCCCGAGCUCGCGCAGCUCAUCGCCAAGCGCCUCAACAUCCCCCUCGCGCGCGCCAACGUCUCGCAGCCCCCCUCGGGCGAGACCAAGGUCACGAUCGUCGAGAGCGUGCGCGACUACGAUGUGUACAUUCUCAACACUGGCGCCGGCGCCGUCAACACCUCCCUCAUGGAGCUGUGCAUCAUGAUCCACGCGUGCAAGAUUGCCUCGGCCCGCCGCAUCACGGCCAUCAUCCCCCACUUCUUCUACGCGCGCCAGGACAAGAAGGACAAGUCGCGCGCCCCGAUCACCGCCAAGCUUGUCGCCAACAUGCUGCGCGAGGCGGGUUGUGACCAUGUCAUUACCAUGGACCUGCACGCAUCACAGAUCCAGGGCUUCUUCGACGUGCCCGUUGACAACCUCUACGCCGAGCCAUCAAUGAUCCAGUACAUGAAGACGCACAUCGACAUCAAGAACUGUGUCAUUGUCUCGCCCGACGCCGGUGGUGCCAAGCGCGCCACGUCGAUUGCCGACCGACUCAACGUCGACUUUGCCCUGUUCCACAAGGAGCGGAAACGCGCCAACGAGGUCUCGCGCAUGGUGCUCGUCGGCUCGGUCAAGGGCAAGGUCGCCGUGCUCGUCGACGACAUGGCCGACACGUGCGGCACGCUCGGCCUCGCUGCGCGCCACCUGAUCGAGGCUGGCGCCACAAAGGUGUACGCCUUUGCUACGCACGGCAUCUUGUCGGGCCCCGCACUCAAGGUCAUCUCGGAGAGCGGCAUGGAGAAGCUUGUCAUCACCAACACGAUCCCACAAUCGCACAAUGUCGCAAAAUGCGACAAGAUUGACGUUGUCGACGUCAGCCCCGUGCUCGCCGAGACCCUGCGCCGCUCCCACUUUGGAGAGUCGGUCUCGUACCUCUUCCACGAGGUGCCGUUUGCCAACGGCGUUCCCUAGUCGCCCAGUCGCGGUAACCUAAAAAUUGUCCUGUGCUGUGUGUACGUUAGAGUUGAGGACGACUCGUGUGAUGCAUCAAAGUGAGCUAGUGAG